CCCCCACCCCCACCCCCAAAAAAAAUGUUUCUGGCGAGGGUUUUUCUUGUGCUGUUCUGCAUGAGCCAAAUCCCCAACAGUCUGUCGGAGGAGAAGGAGAACGAAGAGAAGGCUGGAGAAGUUACAUCUCAAGAAAUCCACGGUGACCUUGAGACAGAAGAUACAGACUUUGAAAAAAUGUUUUUGGGUCCUCUGCCACCUCCCAAAACACGGACGCCGUUAACCCUUAACGUCACGGUAAUAUCUGUCAAAAGAAACCGGGAGGAGAUGAAGGAGGAGGAGAAAGAAGAAGACGAUGAAGAUGAAGAUAUGAUAGACCAAGAGGAAAAUGUCCUUGAAGAGACGAUCCCGACCAAAGCAGUGCCAACCACAGCCGCGCCGGAGGACGACAAUCUCUCCUACGUCUUGUCCCGAAUCAGCGCUUUGGAGUCUGCAAUCCAUCGACUCAACGUCCAGUUCUACGGCAUGGAUGUGAAAAUGACCCAGAUGUCUCAAAGCCUUUCUAAGAUGCGCACCAAGCUAAGCGAGGCAGAGGAGACGGUGACUACUGUAUCCGAGAUGAACAUGAGGAAUCAAAAACAGAUCGGACAGAUUGAAGGUUGUUUGAAAGGGAAAAGAUUCACCAGGAAGUGUUACCUAAUCUUCCAGCAUUUCGAAACUCAUGCUGCCGCCCAACAACUUUGUCACGACCGCGGUGGGAACUUGGCCAUGCCAAUCGACCAGCAAGAGUACACAGCUCUAGCGCAAUACGUCCACGACGCCUUCUACCCCUUCAACUGGCCCAUCUGGAUCGGGAUUAACGACCUGCGCUCAGAAGGGAUGUACUUAUACGAGAACGGGCAUCGCGUCUCCUUCUUCAACUGGUACAAGGACCACUUGGUGACCCAGCCCAAUGGCGGGACUCAAGAGAACUGCGUUUCCAUCACAUCCCACGACGGCAAGUGGUGGGAUAACGACUGUUCCAGGAGAAUGUACUACGUGUGUGAAUACUGAUCAGAAGCUCGGAACGAUGCAGUCUUGUCCACGGGGGACGGAGAUCUUUCCUUAACUCUCAGGUGUAUCUGUUAAUCCUUCAAACAUGACGUAACUUGUUGACUAGAGAGCGGAAAAAAGACCACAAACUGAAACAAUAAUGGAUUCUGUAAAUCUUAACAUUCUGUUAGUGCCUUACAUUCUUUCUAACAACUUAAAAGGUUAUUGAUUAUCCAGCUCGGUGUGCAAAUGUUUGGGGGGGGGGACGCUAAACUACGGUUAACCCCCCCUCCUAUAAAAUAUAAAGUUUUUUUAAUUUGUUACUGAAUAA